CAAUAACUCUCAACUUGAACGCAGCAUGAAAUUAAAGAGGAUUGAUAAUUUGAUAAACAAGAGAUUGUUUGAUGAAUAGAUUGAGGCGAUUAAACUAGUCUAGCAACCUGUGAGAAAAAUACCUUCUCAGCUCGAAUGAUAUUUUCACUUGUCACCAACGAUUAAAGAAUAAUCAUUAAAACAAUCUGUUGUAAUAUCGAUAAAAGAUAUGAUCUGAUCUAUGUUGAUUCUGUAUAUUCUGAUAAUUUUGAUCAUCAAGAUAAUGGCGCUUGAGGUAUCUUGAUUGAUCUUGAUUUACCCAAUCUAAUGAUGCUAUGCAUUUGGAUUGGAUGGGCUAAAAUUUGACAGCGAGUUUUCCCAUUAAAUUGAUUAAUCAAUCAUCAAUUGUUUUAAAAAGAAACAAUUGCUUCUAUUUGUUUUUAAGGGACAUAACCAGCUAACGCAUCAUUAAUUGUAGGGAAAAUGAAAUCUGAAAAUAAAUUUCUACAUACCUCUGGUACUCAACUGUAGCCACAAAUUUUCUAGUAAGUUGGUUUUAAUUAAUAAGGUGCUAGCAAUAAACAAUGUAAGUCUUUGAAACAAUAUUUGGCAUAAUUAUUCUGAUCAAGUCAAUUCUCAAUCUCCUUUUCAGUUUAUGUAUAUGAGUCUCCAAUUCAAUGCGCCAGAUGAAUUUUUUAACGUUUUUUGGGAUACUUUUCCUUUCAGUGUUUGCUUUUAAUUUUCAUUUCACUACGGCUGAUCCAGAUGAUACUGUUGAUGCUGCAGAGAUUAUUGAAUCUCGAGGAUUUAAAAGUGAGGUUCACACCAUUGUUACCCAAGAUGGUUACAUUUUAACCAAUUUUAGGAUUGUACAUCCAUUGAGUAAAAAUAUCAACUCUAAACCGAUUCUCCUUCAAAGUGGUCUCUUUGGAUCAGGCGAUGAUUUCAUUGUCACUUCACCUAAUGGGUUUCUUGACGAAUCCAUGAUUAACUUACGGGACUCUCCUGAAUCUAUCGAUUAUAAAAGACAAGGAAGUAAUUUAGGAUUUCUGCUGGCAAAUCUUGGCUAUGAUGUUUGGCUAACCAAUUUCAGGGGUAAUUAUUAUUCUCGUAAUCACACAAAAUUUGAUCCCGAUUCAUCAGAAUUUUGGUCAACUAAUUUUGAUGAAAUGGCAACAAUUGACUUACCAACCAUUAUUGAUUAUGUUUUAGACGAAACCAAAAAAGAGACUGUGGGCUACAUUGGUGUAUCUCGUGGUGGAACAACAAUGUUUGCUCUUUUGUCAGAUAAACCCGAAUAUGCUGAUAAAGUAAAACCCUUUAUUGCCUUGGCUCCAGCUGUGUUUAUUGGAAGAUCUUACCCAAGAUGGGUACGUCCAUUCAUUGAGAACAAUUUUCUAACUUCUUUGCUACUCGAUCACCCAUCUGAAUGUCUUCCGCGUCGAAUUUCAAAGCGACUCAGAUCUUGGACGAAAAUUCCCAUGGUUAAUGCAAUCUUCGCUAUGAUUAAGCCAUCUUUAAACCUGAUUUUCAGAGUAAAUGAGUCUCGAGCUGAGGUGUAUUUGUCUCAUUAUCCUGCUGGUGCACCUUGUUGGGACAUCGUUCAUUAUGGACAGUUUGCAUCGAAUGGAUUUCGAAAGCUAGAUUUUGGUGAAAAACUAAAUCUAGUAAAAUAUGGAACCUCCGAGCCGCCUGAAUAUCAUUUGGGGAAAAUCAGGUCCAAUGAUAUAGUUAUAAUUAAUUCUGUUGGUGACAGAAUUGUGCAUCCCGACAAUAUUGUCAAAUUGGUUAACAAUCUUAAUGUUAAACCAAAGAAAUGGAUUGUAAUUAACCAAACAGACUUUCGGCACGGUAAUUUCGUACAUUCUGAUGGUACUCAUGUAAAUUUUUUUUCGUACAUUUUUCAGAUUCUAGCUGGUUAUUAAGCUUACGUUGCUGCUUCAAAAUUUAAUGCGAUUUUUAUUAUCAGCUUGGUUAAUGACAUUUUAAUAAUAUUGACCCUUUUGGUUUCAUAUUUUCCUUUGUCGUAAAAUUAAAAGCUGUCGAUAUCAACUUGAUAAAUGGUCUCGUCUCAAUUUUCCGAGAAUUGUCUUUUGUAAUGUUACAAUUACAAAUGUAUUAAAUAAUACCAUGUCAAUCAGGAUAAUUACUUGCCAUUAAAACAUCUUUUUAUGUUUUC